AUGGCGCAGCGCUCAGGGAAGAUCACGCUCUACGAGGGCAAGCACUUCACUGGCAGGAAGCUGGAGGUUUUUGGGGACUGUGACAACUUCCAGGACCGAGGCUUUAUGAACAGAGUGAACUCCAUCCGUGUGGAGAGCGGAGCGUGGGUCUGCUUCGACCACCCUGACUUCCGGGGCCAGCAGUUCAUCCUGGAGCACGGCGACUACCCCGACUUCUACCGCUGGAAUGGUCACAACGACCACAUGGGCUCCUGCCGGCCUGUCGGCAUGCACGGGGAGCACUUCCGCCUAGAAAUCUUCGAGGGCUGCAACUUCACGGGGCAGUGUCUGGAGUUCGUGGAAGACUGUCCCUUCCUGCAGAGCCACGGCUGGCCCAAGAGCUGCGUCAACGCUGUCAAGGUGUACGGAGACGGCGCGUGGGUGCUGUACGAGGAGCCCAACUACCGCGGGCGCCUGUACGUGGUGGAGAGGGGCGACUUCCGCAGCUGCUCCGAGUGGGAGGCGCCGAGCGCCCGCGUGCAGUCUCUGCGCAGGGUGGUCAACUUCUUCUAG